CGUAAGAAUUAAGAAGGCGCCACCUGCAUGAAGAAAUCUUUUUGGUUCAGGACUGGGCAGAAUGCUAGUCCAAAUGUCUAAAAGAAUCACAGAAUCUUAAGGAUUGGAAGGAACCUCAAAAGAUCAUCUAGUUCAACCCCCUUGCAAGAGCAGGACCAGCUAGAGUAAGCCACACAGGAGCUCAUCCAGGUCCUAUCUGGUUGUGGUGUCUAUGAUGGCACAGAAAUCCACGAGGCCUCAGCCAUACUGGUCCACCUUAGUCGUGGGGGAGCUGAGGUUCAGAUGUACGCUCCGGAUGUUCCUCAGAUGCAUGUCAUUGACCACACUAAAGGGCAACCAGCUGAAGCUGAGUCAAGGAACGUUUUAGUAGAAUCUGCAAGGAUUGCUCGUGGUAAAAUUGCAAGUCUGGCUAAGCUUACUACAGCAGACCAUGAUGCUGUGAUAUUCCCUGGUGGAUUUGGAGCUGCUAAAAACCUAUCUACCUUUGCUGUUGAUGGGAAGGAUUGCAAAGUGAACAGAGAAGUUGAACGUGUCUUGAAGGACUUCCACAAAGCAGGGAAACCUAUUGGACUUUGCUGCAUCUCACCAGUGUUGGCUGCAAAGGUUCUCUCUGGUGCUGAAGUAACUGUGGGCCAUGAAGAAGAGGAAGGUGGCAAGUGGCCUUACGCUGGAACUGCAGGAGCCAUUAAAGAACUGGGAGGAAAGCAUUGUGUGAAAGAAGUAACCGAAGCUCACGUGGAUGCAAAAAACAAGGUGGUGACUACACCGGCAUUUAUGUGUGAGACAGAACUACAUCAUAUCUUUGAUGGCAUUGGGGCCAUGGUAAAGAAUGUGCUAAAAUUAACUGGCAAAUAAAAAAAAUCAACCAUGUUUAAGUGUAGGGUGUAGUAUCUAAUAUAAUAUGGACCAAUGGAAUCGUUUUCACCUGCUUGUCCUGUUCACACUCCAGUGAAUGCUGAUACGAAGCUGAUUGAUUCCUAACUGCAGGGUUUUCCAUGCCCUUCCUGAGAGAGGAGCCUGCAGAAGGGCUUACAGAGUACAAGCAGCCUGGCCUGAAACACAGAGCAUUCUUUUGAGCUUUUUCAGCUGGAGAGAACUGUGCAGAUGUGCUAUGAAACCAGCCCUCCUGAUGGACCAGUGUCAAAAUCAUUUCUGUGGGGGAAAAUGAGACUAAAGUCCCUUUCAGAAGCUGAGGGCUGUUGUGUUGCAGGGGUUUAGCAGAUGCAGUGGCAGGAUAUCUAGUGGACAAAGAAUGUGGGAGUAGAGAGGAGUUAGUGUGUGCUUCAGGGUUUAUGUGCUCACGCCUGUAUCUGAGAACUAAAAGCCAGGAUCAACUGCCAAGGGAAUAGACGUCUUCCACAUCUUAAUUUAGCUUGGUAUUAAUCGAAUGAUUAAUGCUUUGAUUUUCCAUUUCAAAGAAUCCUGUUUUCACAAAGGAGCCAUUCUGAAUAUCAAUCAGCAGCAGGAUAUGUUUUAACUGUCACAACAGUAGCACUUUGAAAAAUUCAUCCAUUGGCCCAUUAUAGUUAAAAAAGGAGAAGGAGAAAAUAUCCGCUGGUAUGACGCACAAUUUUGGGGGAUUAUAUCCACGGUAAAGUAAGUGAAUGGUAAAACCAAUCUCAAACGAUCCUUACUUUCCCUGCUUAAGGGAUAUAAGGCUUUCCCCAAAGAAAUAUUGUUGAAUGUCUGGAGCAAUGCUGUGUAAAUAAAUUUCUGCCUUUAUCUCA